AUGGCUCUAACGAACCGCCCAGCUCCUGUGGAAGUUACGUACAGGAACAUGAGAUUUCUUAUCAUACACAACCCAACUAAUGCAACGCUAAGCAAAUUUAUAGAGGAACUUAAGAAGUAUGGAGUUACCACAAUUGUAAGAGUAUGUGAAGCAACUUAUGACACUACUCUCGUGGAGAAAGAAGGCAUCCAUGUUCUUGAUUGGCCUUUUGAUGAUGGCGCACCACCAUCUAACCAGAUUGUUGAUGAUUGGUUAAGUCUUGUGAAAACUAAGUUUCUUGAAGACCCUGGUUGCUGUAUUGCUGUUCAUUGUGUGGCAGGCCUUGGCAGAGCUCCAGUGCUUGUUGCCCUAGCAUUAAUUGAAGGUGGGAUGAAAUAUGAAGAUGCAGGACCGUUCAUAAGACAAAACCGGAGAGGAGCUUUUAACAGCAAGCAACUUUUGUAUUUGGAGAAGUAGCAUCCUAAAAUGUGGCUGCGCUUCAAAGACUCCAAUGGUCAUAGAAACAACUGUUGCAUUCAGUAAAACCAGGGUGCAUGAUGCCAUUGCUUGGAAGUGGAACCUGAGACACGAUGGAAUUUGUCGUA